AUGCUCACCAACCUUUCUAACAAAUUGGCCGCAACCUUCGGUCGUCCGCUUAAGUCUCCAUCCAAAUCCCCCACCGACUCUGCUGUUUCGGUCCCUUUGGCUGAGUGGCCGAGUGAUGUGACAUUAUCAGGUGAACCGCUGUUUACCCGCCACCUCACUUCCACUGAUUUGGACGCGCUCGAAGAAGCUGCAGGUCUUGGUCCGCCCAGCUGGUGGCUUGAUGCGGAGCUUGCGUGCUCUGAUUCCUCUCUUGCCGGCAAAGACACACUCUCUUAUGAAGAGGAAGUUGCUCUGACGGCUAUGCUCCGGGCUCCCUUUGAGCAAGCGGGUCCAAUUCGAUCAGCAGCUAGUGGACUAUUGGAUCGGCUGAAUGAGCUUGAGCGUUUACAAGCUCUUGCAUUGGAAGAAGGUAGAAGACGGGCACAAGGGAAGGAAAAGAGAGUGCGACAUCAUUCCACCCUACGUCUUGCAGCGAAAUCGGUCGAUGGUGAAGACGAGGAGAAGGUAGCUGUGGAACAGAAAGAAAAUGUUGGUGGACUUCAUCGCAGAGAUACAUAUGCUGUGAAUAAGCGUCCGCCAGUUUCUUCCACUCCCAUGAAAACGUAUCAAAAGCAGCAACAAGAUGCACUGAAUCCUAGAUUUUGCAAGAGUCCUGAGCGGAGGGAAACAAAUCGUUCGGAGGCCUGUAAUCUCCAGAAGACAUACUCCAAGAAUUCGCUUAAUCUACUUCACGUGGAAGGUGAACUCCAACGCUCUCUUGACGCCAACCUUGCGGCCUCGGACUUGAGUGGCAACUCUACCCAACUCAUGGGUCGCACUUUCGAUGCCGAGGAGUUGAGUGACGUUUUUCCCAGUCCACGAGCUUCUAUAGAGCGGCUUAGUGCUGUCCAUCCUCCACCUCCUCCCACACCCUCUUCAGAGCUGCCUCAGGGUGCCACUCGUCACCUUACUUUUGUCCGUCAUCCUGCUCAAUCACGAAAUCUUCAGCGUACUGAAACUCUUGUUCCCCGUCCCUCUGCUUCACCAAUGCGCAGCGCUUGUCCACAGACCCCUGUCGCCAAUGGAGUUCAACACAAACACUCCGCUCCUGAUAUCAUGCUUAUGAAAACUAGCGACUCAGGGUCUAAUAUCUUUCCUACCAACAUGUCUGAUGCCAUGGCGCUGGUACGUGAACAAGAAAUGAAGCUUCGUGCAUCCAGCGGACGAACUGGUGAAAUUAAUGUUUCUCUCACGAGCUCUAUCGAUAGUAGUGGAGGUGGUCACGGUCGGAGUAAUGAUCGGUUAAAUAGGUCUUUCCAGGGCGAAGGCGGCAGUUUGUCUCAUAUUUUUGAGCAACGCGGGGUCAAGGAUGUUCCUCCGCGCUAUGAUCCUGGAGGUAAACGCGCAGUAGGGAGUGACUUGUUGCGGAACAAGUCCUCUUCACAAUCUAGUCUAAAAGACAUGGCUUCGUUGACGGAGAUAAUGCGGGCACAGGCAGAAUCACUUCGAGCCUCGGGCGAGCAGGUAAUGCAGAAGGUGCGUUCUCGGGGCUCUCUUUCUCGAUCAAUGGAGGGGUCUUUGAGAGGUUCCAACUCGUCGAUCGGAAGCAGAGAGGCCUUGCCUCGACAACCACCAGUGGCUGCGACGUCUCAGAAGGAGCCUGUCCGCCAUCAGUCUAUCGAACGACCCACCGAGCUACGCGACUCAGGUGCUACGUAUGAUUUGAACGUUACUCGUGCAUCAUUAAGUAGUAGCAUCCAGUCCAAUGAUGUUGCACCGCCAAGGCAGUCUACUUCUCCAGUGGCAUUGCGUCGUCCGCCGCGUGGCAGCAUAUCCAACGUUCCUCCGCCUCUCGCUCUACCAAUUGACGCAGAGGCUAUCUCACCAGAUACGCCAUCAACUGCGAAAACCGCUCGUCCAGGCAGCUACUUGGAGCAAUUGCAAAACGCCAAGCAUGCAAGCAGUGCGGUGGAGGCUUGGGUGGCGGACACAAUGACCACAUUGAACUCCGGAACAAUGCGUAUAGACUUAUCUGCUUCGAGCGAGUCAUUUGGCGGUUUGAGGGACAGUUCAGAGACCUAUGCGUUGUCAGAACAUCCAGAAGAACGUCAAAGAGAGUUGCCACGUCCCGGUGGGAUGCGAGCCCCGAUGCCAAGGCCGGUGAAACCGCCACAAAAUCUGGCUGCAAACUCGGAAAAUGUGAUGACAAACUCGCAGCGUACAUUGACUGCAAAGACGCCAACCACACCUACUGGAGGGCCUCCAGCAGUUAUGCGUCGAGGGAUAGCUCCUACUGCGAUUUCUGGUAGUGGAAGAGGAGGAAGAGGACUAUCGUCAAUCCGUCCACCAAGUGUUCCUCGUUCACAACCGCUAAAUAGGAAUUUGGCCACGGUGAGGAGUUCCUCAGCUCUUGGGAGUGCCAGAGGACAGGCAUCACAGCUUCGACCACCGACAAGAGUGAAGCUGCCCUCAUCACUGCCAAGAGGCCGUUUUACUCGAGGCAGUGGGAGUGCACCGAGAGUGACCUCGCAUAAUCCCCUACCACCAGAGUGA